AUGCGCAGCCUCACUCUGGGUCUCAGAUCCUCUUCUCUCCCAUUCACCUGCAACUCCUCCUUCAGACUCUCCACUCGAUUCCAUUUCCUCAAGCCAUGCUCUUCCCUCAAACAGACGAAGAAGAAGCAGCAGCAACAGUCUCUCCGCCGUUCUCCUCCCUCCACCGCUCCUCCUCCGAAGAGUCUCCGCUGGUUCUUCAAUCCCAAAUCCAGCGACGACGACGACGAUGAACCCUCCGCGGCUGGGAGCGACGACGAUGGCGGAUCGGAAGGGAAUGCUGCUAUUAAGGGUACGAUUCUGGCCGGCGUUUUGUUGAUUGGCACUGUUGGUGGAUUCGCCGGCGUCGGCUACGUCUACAGAGACCAGAUAAACACCUUCCUCACUCAAUUCUCCACUCUUAUCGAAGGUUAUGGUCCGGCUGGUUAUGCGUUGUUCAUUGCCGUAUACGCUGGGCUUGAGAUACUAGCCAUUCCGGCUCUCCCGUUGACGAUGUCGUCUGGUCUUCUCUUCGGUCCUGUGGUUGGCACCAUCAUAGUUUCCAUCAGUGGAACAAUAGCUGCUAGUGUUGCUUUCUUAAUUGCCAGAUACUUUGCCCGAGAGCGGAUCCUUAAGUUAGUUGAAGGCAACAAGAAGUUCCUCGCCAUUGACAAAGCUAUUGGUGAAAAUGGGUUCAGGGUUGUUACUCUCCUUCGGCUAAGCCCUCUGCUUCCUUUCUCUCUUGGCAAUUACCUUUACGGUUUGACAUCCGUGAAGUUUGCGCCGUAUGUAUUUGGAAGCUGGUUGGGUAUGCUUCCAGGGUCUUGGGCUUAUGUCAGCGCUGGAGCUUUUGGACGAGCAAUCCUUCAAGAAGAAUCUAACAUUGGGUUGCCUGGAGGAAACGGCCAGCUUUUAACGCUCGGGUUGGGUCUGUUGGUAACUGCAUUGGCUGCAACAUAUGUGACACGCCUUGCAAAGGAUGCUAUAAGCGAUAUUGAUGAUGAGUAG